AUGUCAGAGCCCUCAAACAAAUCAUCGCCAGCCAGAACACCAGAAUCUGUUCCUUACGCAACUGUUACAUUUCACUACACGAUGUCAGAUGGUACGCCUGCUACUUUAAAAAGCAAUGAUUGUCUUCGGAAUGCUACAAUAGACGGACUCAAAGAACAGUUUGUGACAACGUUGGGACCUGCAGACAGUCAGAACUGGUACUACGGACGCAGGCUGAUGGCAAACACGAAGACGUUCGAGGAUUAUGGGAUCGACUUUACCGAAGAUGUAGAUAUUGAAGUUAGACCUUCCAAUAAUUGA